AUGGAACAGCAACGGCCCAAGACUCGCCGCGCCUGCGACCGAUGUCACACCCAGAAGCUCCGGUGUAGGAGGGACGAGACCAUCGGAGCGACCAAAGCCUGCAUGCGUUGUACCAGGGACAACCUGGAUUGUGUUUACAGCCCCCCCAAGAACAGCCAGAAGCAGAACGCAGGCCUGCCUGCAUCCCGACGCAGUACGGUUGCAUCGCCCUACCAACAGCCCGUGGAAUCGGUCCAGUACGGCAGAGAGGAUGGCACCCCCAGUGGCAAAGAGGACGAUGUAUUGACAUCCUCCUGGCCUCUGAUGCCGGAACUACGCAACUCAACCGGCCUCGGCCUCGACCCUUAUGACCUGGAUGCCCUGUCCGACCCGGUAGAUCUGGCCUUCGAGCUCAACGCCGUCACCGGCUCACUUUCGCCGGGCAUUCCACCUGGCAUGGUGCAGCUUAGUCCUGUUGGUAGACAUUCAGCAGCGACCCCCAGCCUCGGCCUCUCCGCCGACGAUAAGCCCAUCCCAAACCUCCACCUGCAGGCCAGGGGCCAGAACACAGAGGACUGGAUAGGCCAGAUAUCCGAUAUCAACCUGCGGCUGUUGAACCACGCGUCGUACAUCAGCAGCCUGGAGGCACAGGCCCUGCUCGAGAGAUCCGACCCGAUCGAGCAAGGGUUCGGGAUCGACCAGACCUUUCUCCUCUCGCAGCAGUUGCUUGACCUGCUGAGUGUUCGCUCCAUCGACCGACUGGGACGACUGACGCGACACGCCUCGACGUGUGCAAUGGACGUACCCCCCGAGCUCGUCCUGUCGGGCUCCCAGAGCAGCAGCACCAGCUCCAGCUCGUACAUGGCCCCCUCGCCACACUCCCCGCUACGCAACCUCGAUCUGGCCACCACUAUACUGAUACUCUCCUGUCACCUGCGCGUGCUGAACAUCUACGCCAAGACCUUCCACCACCUCGAACGAUGCAUCCAGGAACGGCGCGCUCCGGAGGACAUCCACCUUCCGGGUAUGACGUUUGGUGCCUUCUCUUUACACUCCUCGUCCAGUUUACAGAUUACACUCAUGAUCCAGUUGGCGGAGACGCUGCUCGGUCGGCUGCACGACACGGUCAGCGCCGUCAACUACCCUCCGGGGCCGGUCAAUGGCCCGGACAGCCAUCGACCGCUGAGUGACCCGUGGGACGAGGUUUCGGAUAGCAUACUACAGGCCCUUAAGGCCAGCCAUAGAGAUAUGAUGCAGACGGAGACGGCGUUGCACCAUCGAAGAUCGACGGUGGCGCAUGAAGCGCUCGGGACUCCGCUGCACCGCGUGGCAUCCGCAUUGCAUACGUCCAUGAGAUCACCGUCGGGCCUAUUCCCGGACCUGUCGGGCUUACCUGCGGCUGACACUGCCCCGAUUGACGCCAAUGUAAGAUUCUGCGCUUGA